AUGCGCGGCUCGUGGGACGAGGCCGCGACGGCGGCGCUGCACGCGCGCAUCCUGGAGGCGCACCGCGGGCCCGCCGCGCCCGAGCGCGCUGCUGAGCCCGCCGCUUGCGCUGAGCCGGCUCCUCAGCAGCUCAGCGUAGAACUGGCGGCACCUACUCCUCUACUGCCCCUGCCCACGCUUUCCUUCAGCGCCGCACAAGUUGCUACCGUGUGCGAGACGCUCGAGGAGAGUGGCGACGUGGAGCGGCUGGCAAGAUUCCUCUGGUCUCUGCCAGUGGCUCACCCCAAUGUUGCUGAACUGGAGCGCUGUGAAGCAGUGCUUCGAGCGCGAGCUGUAGUCGCCUUCCACGCCGGGAGACACCGUGAACUUUACUCCAUUCUGGAGCGACAUCGGUUUCAACGUUCAAGUCACGCCAAACUGCAGGCUUUAUGGCUUGAAGCUCACUACCAAGAAGCAGAGAGGCUACGUGGACGACCACUUGGACCCGUGGACAAAUAUCGCGUGCGAAAGAAGUUCCCACUGCCUCGCACUAUCUGGGAUGGAGAACAGAAGACACACUGCUUCAAGGAGCGCACGCGUUCACUUCUUCGAGAGUGGUACCUACAGGACCCCUACCCAAAUCCAACCAAGAAGCGUGAACUGGCUGCUGCCACGGGUCUGACGCCGACGCAAGUGGGGAACUGGUUCAAAAACCGGAGACAACGAGAUCGAGCCGCUGCCGCUAAGAAUCGCUCCGCGCUGCUCGGCCAGGGUUUCGCCUCCUCCUCCACGUACGACGAGGAUUCCGUGGACUCGGAGAUCAACGUGGACGAGGAAUAA